AGACUUGAAAACAGAGAGAAGUGUCCGAUCCCAAGUCUCCCCUACUAAGUCCUAAAAGUAAAACCCUAGUUUCCUUUCUCCCUUUAAAGGACAUUGGCCUUGCAGCAGUCGCCCGCCGAGAAGCAGGAGCAAGAGCAACAAGAAUGGGUAUCGAUUUGAAGGCCGGAGGCAAGAGGAAAAAAACCAAGCGCACUGCCCCCAAGUCCGAUGAUAUCUACCUCAAGCUUCUCGUCAAGUUGUACCGAUUUCUGGUGAGAAGGACCGGGAGUAAAUUCAAUGCAGUGAUUCUGAAGCGGCUCUUCAUGAGCAAGAUUAACAAGCCUCCUCUUUCGCUCUCUCGUUUGAUUCGUUUCAUGAAGGGCAAGGAGGAUAAGAUUGCUGUGGUUGUUGGUACUGUAACUGAUGAUAUCCGGGUGUAUGAAGUCCCUUCUCUGAAGGUUACUGCGCUCAGGUUCACAGAGACUGCAAGGGCAAGGAUUGAGAAGGCAGGUGGGGAGUGCUUGACUUUUGACCAGCUUGCUCUUAGAGCUCCACUUGGUCAGAAUACGGUUCUCCUCCGGGGUCCUAAGAACGCUCGUGAAGCUGUGAAGCACUUUGGACCAGCACCUGGUGUACCACACAGCCAUACCAAACCUUACGUCCGAGCAAAGGGAAGGAAAUUUGAGAGGGCUAGAGGAAGGAGGAACAGCAGGGGAUUUAGGGUUUGAGUGCUUAAAUAUGGGCAAAAAAUAUGGAUCAGCCAUCCAAAUCCGAGCAGAUGCAUCCAUAUUAUCCAACAUUCAAUUUGGGUUUGUCUUAUUUCAAUUUUUCUCAUACUCUAGAACGAAACAUUUGCAUUGUCUUGGCAGGCUAAUGUUAUGCAGUUUAUUCUGUAUUUUGAUCUGAAGAAUGGACUUUGCUUUGUCGACUUUUGAAUGUCAAGUGAUGGUAUGUUAUAGUUGCAA